AUGGUGUCCAGUGGAGAUUUACGAACACCUCAGUUCAACGGUGUGAACUAUGACUUUUGGGCAGUAAAGAUGGAGACAAUCCUCAUAGCAUUUGAUCUAUGGGAUGUAGUUGAGUUUGGCAUGAAAUCAGGUUCAAGUGUGAAAGAAGAAGAAUAUGAGAAAGAAGAUAAGAAGAAUGAUGAAACCGAGAGCAAAGAUGGUGAAACUAAGAGCAGCAUAGUUGAAGAAGUUGUUUUCAGAGAAAACAAAAUAAGAAAUGCCAAGGCAUUGAGCCUCAUCCAAGGAGCCUUGACUGAUGAACUUUUUCCUAGAAUAAGGAAUGAGAAUACUGCACAAGGAGCAUGGAAUGUGCUGAAAAGAGAGUAUAGAGGUGAUAAGAAAGUGAGGUCUGUGAAAUUGCAAGCUGUGAGGGCAGAGUUUGAAUACAUGAGAAUGUCAGAAGGAGAAGGCUUAGAACACUAUCUUUCUAAGUUUUUUGAAGCUAUAAACAGUCUGAAAUCUCUAGGAGAAGAUGUACCUGAGAUUAGGAUUGUGCAGAAGCUCCUAAUGAGUUUAAAUAGGAGAUACAAGUCCAUUGUCUCUAUCAUUGAAGAGACAAGGGACCUUGAUGUGCUGAAGGUGGAAGAAGUUAUAGCCUCUGUCAAAGUAUUUGACAAGAGGGAAGACCUGCAUGAUGAACAAGAUAAGGUUACAAGGACUGAAAAGGCAUUUAGUAGUCUCAAAAUGGGCUAUAAUCAUGCUGCAAACAAGGCUAUGCAGGGGAGAUCUAGUCCAAGAUGGCAGGGACAUGAUCAAAGGCAUGUGGGCUGGUCUCAAGGAAGAAAUGUGAAUAAUCAUCACAAUUUCAGUCACAACACAAACUGGAAUAACAGAACUGUAAGUAGCAGCAGCAGUUCACAGCACAGAGGUGGAGAUAUAAGGGGAAGCCUAAGUGUGGGAAAUGCAGUCGGUUUGGACAUUAUUCCAAAGACUGUGACAACAACAAGCAGCUAG